UGAGUUAUACUUACAUAAUAAUUUAUGUUCCAUUUUUUGUAAUUUUAAGGUGACACGGGAACUUGUUUGAUAAAUUCAAAAAAAAGUUCACUCUCCUAUAACAGAAAGUUUGUCCUACCUGAUUAAAAGUCUUAAAAGAAAAAAAAAAGAAAAUUAAACAAAAUUCGCGCGACAACCCAAUUUUGUCCACGAGAUAUUAUUAUUCGCACAAUUUAUUUUCAGAUUCUUUUAUUUAUUUUUGAGUAUUUUCAAGAUGAGUCAACGUCAGGAUCCAAGUGAUUUUCUAAAGCAAAUUAUUGGACGUCCAGUCGUAGUAAAGUUGAAUUCUGGAGUUGAUUACAGAGGUGUUCUAGGUAGUUUAGAUGGUUAUAUGAACAUUGUUCUUGAGCAAACUGAAGAGUAUGUAAAUGGACAGUUAAAAAACAAAUACGGUGAUGCGUUUCUUCGUGGAAAUAACGUUCUUUAUAUCAGCACGCGUAAACAGAAAGUCUAAAUGUUGAUUCCUCACACUUCAAAUGGUUCUAUAUGAAGAUUACUAAAAAAUAACUUUUAAAGAAACCAACUACUUCGUUUUCGUUUUUCUUAGUAAAUAUAUAACUUUAAUUUA